CCUCUUUGUAAGCCUAUCAUCGGCUCAUACUGAGUUGCUAUGGCUUCCAUCGGCUGGGUGUUACUGCUCUUUCUUGCUCAGCUCCACACACUACUCUCCACCUCUAUUGCCCACCGUGCUGAUGGUGGUAACCUCACUCACCUCCCUGUCUCAUUUUUGUGCCAUCCAAACCAAGCUAAGGCGCUCCUCCAGCUGAAGAAGUCCUUCUCCUUCAGCAGAUCCACCACCAGGCUUUCAUCAUGGCAAAAUGGUACCGACUGUUGUCUCUGGGAGGGUGUUGGCUGCGACCCUUCCUCUGGCCAUGUCACCAUUCUCGACCUCAACAACCGUCGCUUGUCAACUCAUGGCUUGGAUCCUGCACUCUUCAGCCUCAUAUCACUUCAGCGACUCGACCUUAGCAUGAAUGACAUCGGUGGAGGCAACAUCCGUUCUGCUGGUUUUGAGAGGUUCACUUUUUUAACCCACCUAAACCUUUCCAAUUCAGGAUUAUAUGGUCAGAUACCUCCUAGCAUCAGUAAACUAGUGAACCUUCUCUCAUUGGAUCUUUCAACAUACAAUAUUGAUUAUUCUCUCGGUUUUUAUGGUCCAAACUAUUAUGAUUAUUAUAACAAUUUAUGGGAAUCAAGUUUUGAUACCUUUGUGGCAAACCUCAGCAACUUAAGAGAGCUCUACCUUGACUCGGUGGAUUUGUCUAAUAGUGGAGAAGAGUGGGGCACAUCUCUUGCUGCAUAUGUUCCUCAACUUCAGAUACUUAGUUUGGCUGAUUGUCACCUGAGUGGUCCUAUUCAUAAAGCGCUCUCGAGACUCCAUUCUCUUGUUGUGAUCAAACUCCAAGAAAACUUUUAUGAACCUAGUGGUCGUCCAUUUCCAGAGUUCUUCAUGGAUUUUCCCAAUUUAACCGUGCUUCAACUUUCUCAGACAAAUCUUGAGGGGCGGUUACCAUCUAGACCCUUUCAAUCAAAAAAUCUAAGGGUCCUCGAUUUGUCCUAUAAUAUGAAUCUCUCAGGCCAUGUGCCAAACUUUUCUAAUGCCAGCUCUUUAGAGACUUUGAGACUUGAUAGGACCAACUUUGUAUAUGCCAUACCAACGCCUUCUAGUAAUUUCACGUCGUUGAAGGAGUUGGGCCUUAACAGGAAUUUAAUUUCUAUGGAUUUUCUCUCUGCAUUUGGUAGACUUGAGUCUCUACACCAGUUGGACCUUGAUUGUUUUUUGGAUAAUGAGUUGGACCACGAUUUGGACUCAGGAAGCGACUUAGGUCCAAUUUUCUCAUGGAUUGGCCAGCACAAAAACCUAACAAGUUUGGGACUCUUUGGAUGUAACUUCUCUGGGGCAGUUGGAAACCUCACGGGCUUGCAAACACUUGAAAUGCAUGAUUGCAACACAUAUGGCUCCAUGCCAUCUUCUAUCGGCAACCUCACAAAUUUGAGAAACUUGUAUAUAUUAUAUGGGUUUUCAGGACCAAUGCCAACUGCAAUUGGUGAACUCACAAAUUUGAGAAACUUGUAUAUCGAGGGUGCUGAUUUUUCAGGACCAAUGCCAGCUGCAAUUGGUGAACUCACAAAUUUGAGAAACAUGUAUAUCCAGUAUUCUGGGUUUUCAGGUUCAAUGCCGGCUCCAAUUGGCAACCUCACUAACUUGGAAGCCAUGGAAAUUAGUGGUCAGAUUUCUGGGUUGAUACCUAAUGCAAUUGGGCAGCUCAAUAAGUUGAGAUGGUUAGUUCUUCAAGAUUGCAAUUUUUCCGGAAGCAUACCAAGCUCAAUAGUUAAUUUGACCCAGCUAACAAUGCUGGAUCUUUCUUUUAAUUCUCUCAACGGACUAUACACCGGGUAUCAUAAAUCAUAAUACAUUUUAUGAUCCAUGAUGGGUCCGGAUCAUUUCAGCUUCAUGGGUCCUAGGAUUAUGAAAUUCUAUGGUCCGUAGGUGCACUAAAUUCUUCCGGUAGUCCUUAAACUUGCACACUAAUCUCACCCACCCCACUAUUAGCAAAUUAAUGUGUUGAACCAGCAUCAAACCAUUGCCUAACACGUGGCACAACAAAGACGAGGGGGUUGGGGAAAGUAAUUUGCAACAAGUGCAAGGGUCGGCGAGGUUACCACACAACUUUUGGCCAUUUAUUUAGAGACUAGUAAUGCAAUUUUCUCAAAAUAAAAUAAAUAAACUUGGGAUAUAUAUUUCUAUGGUACGAUAUCAACUUUUACUUUUCUCGAGAAAGGGUCAAGUAUUCAUGUUCUGAACAAAAUAGGAGGUAGCAUCUUCUGAUUUUAAUUUGUAGAAGGGGAAACACUUUCUAA